GAGCUUGUGACAGCUGCAUAUGCACAGCUGCUUGAACACGACUAUGCCCAUGACAGCGGGCCUGGGGGGUCUGCGUGCCACGACUCCCACCUACAACACCACCCCCAGCGCCUCGAGCACCGACAUACCCAACGGCACCACCCCGACCAAGAAGUACAGCCUCUUCCCCUCCGUUGCACUGCGCGAGAGUCCGCCCUUCACCACACCUCCGGCCGCAAACAAGACCCGCUCGGAUUCAUUGUCGCGCGCCGAUGGACGCUCCAGCCGCUUUGUCGAACAGAUGAACUCCACCUCCACCUUCCUCUCGCUCGAAAGUCCUUCUCCACCUUCGUCCUCCCACGCCAUAAACCCUGCGACUAUCCCCACGCGAACGAGCUCUAACCGAGCAGCCUCCAACGGCAACCACUCCAACGACCGCGAGCGUAAACUAUCCAAGAAACACCGCAGCCAAUACAGUCUGGGGUCAGUGCCCGAGAGCAGGCGCUACCCCGAAGUCGACGAGCGUGUGUGGAUGUCGCAAGGACGAAAUUAUGGCCACAAGGCGGGCACCAGUACGGCGUCGCGGGACUUCUCGCGAGACAAUCAGUCGCCGCCUACAGUCAUUGGUGCCGACCUGAUCGAUGGCAGCGGCAGCAGCUGGAGCCAAGAGAAGGAGAACAUCCUCAAAGGGCCAUAUGCCUACCUCGAAUCGCACCCAGGCAAGGACAUUCGGUCACAGCUCAUCAGUGCCUUCAACGAGUGGCUGCAGGUUCCUGCGUCCUCGCUUGCGGUGAUCACUCGAGCAGUGGCCCUGCUGCAUACCGCAUCACUUCUGAUCGAUGAUGUCGAGGACAAUUCGCAGCUGCGGAGGGGCAUUCCCGUUGCCCAUUCGAUCUUUGGAACUGCACAAACGAUCAACAGCGCCAACUACGUUUACUUUUGUGCCCUGCAAGAGCUGAUGACACUCAACAACCCCCUCGUCAUUCAAAUCUACACAGGAGAACUCCUAAACCUCCAUCGUGGCCAAGGCAUGGACCUCUUCUGGCGCGACACCCUGACAUGUCCCACCGAAGACGACUACCUCGAGAUGGUCGGCAACAAAACCGGAGGCUUAUUCCGACUAGCCAUCAAGCUGAUGUGCGCCGAAAGUCCUUCACACAACUACAAUCCCAACCCCGACCUCCCCCAUCAGCCAGCAGAUUACGUUCCCCUGGUCAACACAAUCGGCCUUCUCUUCCAAAUCCUAGACGACUACCGCAACCUCUCAGAUACCAUUUACACCCAAAACAAAGGCCUUUGCGAAGAUCUCACUGAAGGGAAAUUCUCCUUUCCCAUCAUCCACGCGAUCCGAUCCGAUCCCAAUAAUUUAGUUUUGAUCAAUAUUCUGAAACAAAAGACGAAUGAUGAUGAGGUGAAGAGGUAUGCGGUGCAGUAUAUGGAGAACUGUGGCAGUUUUUCGUAUACUCGGCGAGUUCUAAGGGGUUUGACGAAGAAAGCUAUGACGUUGGCGGAUGAGAUUGAUGUGAGGGAUGGGGCGCAGCAGGGGAAAGGGGAGUCUGUGAAGCUGAUUCUGGAAAAGUUGAGAGUGGAUAAUGGGAAGCAUUCGAGGGGGAGUGCUAGUGCUUGAGGGACUGCGAGCGGAGACGAGCAGAGAUGUCAAUAAGGCACUGAAGCCUUAGGAGCACGACGAGAUGUGUCGAGAGCUUGAGCCAAAAGGAUUGCAGCUGGCAGGCCAUUUAUGCUGGAAAAGAAAGCUGAGAUGUGAAAACGGGGGGUCAUUGUUGAAUUUCGCGUUUUUAGCUUGGCUUUUCUCAUGAUACCAAUUUGAACGAGGUCACGAUAUUUUGGAGAUGAUGCGAAUCUUUCCCUUACUUCCAGACUUGUCUUU